AUGCUAAUACAAACAUUUUUCCGCCCCACACCCUUCGCCCCCACACCCUUCGUCCACCCACCCUUCGCCCCCACACCCUUCGUCCACACACCCUUCGCCCCACACCCUUCGUCCACACACCCUUCGCCCCACACCCUUCGUCCACACACCCUUCGCCCCCACACCCUUCGCCCCACACCCUUCGUCCACACACCCAUCGCCCCACACCCAUCGCCACCCACCCUUCGCCCCCACACCCUUCGCCCCCACACCCUUCGCCCACACACCCUUCGUCCACACACCCAUCGCCCCACACCCAUCGCCACCCACCCUUCGCCCCCACACCCUUCGUCCACACACCCUUCGCCCACACACCCUUCGUCCACACACCCAUCGCCCCACACCCAUCGCCACCCACCCUUCGCCCCCACACCCUUCGUCCACACCCUUCGCCCCCACACCCUUCGUCCACCCACCCUUCGUCCACCCACCCUUCGCCCACACACCCUUCGCCCACACACCCUUCGUCCACACACCCAUCGCCCCACACCCAUCGCCACCCACCCAUCGCCACCCACACCCUUCGUCCACACCCUUCGCCCCACACCCUUCGUCCACCCACCCUUCGUCCACCCACCCUUCGCCCCACACACUUUGCCCCCACACCCUUCGUCCACACACCCUUCGCCCCCACACCCUUCGUCCCACACCCUUCGCACCUGGUUAUUAGAUAUUGUAUUGAUCAUGGAAAAACACAAAAACACUAGUCUGGGUGCCUGCUCUGGCCGGUACUGA